AUGGCGCUCGACCAGUACACUUAUGUCUUUGUUAUCGGCACGUUGUUUGCCAUGCUUGAUGCAUACAACAACGGUGCAAACGAUGUUGCCAACGCCUGGGCUACCAGUGUCUCAUCGAGAUCCAUCUCGUAUCGGCAGGCCAUGGUCCUGGGCACCAUAUUCGAGCUCCUUGGUGCCAUCCUAGUCGGUGCUCGUACCGCCGAUACGAUCAAGAACAACAUCAUCCCCAACACGGCCUUCCGCGGUGAUGCCGGCGUCCAGAUGCUUGCCUUCACCUGUGCCUUGGCUGCUGCUUCGACCUGGGUCAUGUGGUGCACUCGCCACUCUGCUCACGUUUCUUCGACAUAUUCGCUGAUCUCGGCCGUUGCUGGAGUCGGUGUUGCCACUGUCGGCGCCAGCCAGGUGCAGUGGGGAUGGUACGAUGGAAAGGGUCUCGGUGCCAUCUUUGCAGGUCUCUUCAUGGCCCCCGCCAUCUCUGCUGGUUUUGCCGCCACCAUUUUCAUGCUCAUCAAGGUUGUCGUGCACAUGCGCAAGAACCCAGUGCCCUGGUCCGUGUGGGCAUCGCCGUUCUUUUUCCUGAUUGCCGGCACCAUCUGCACCUUGUCCAUUGUCUACAAGGGAUCUCCAAACCUCGGCCUCAACAAGAAACCCUCCUGGUACAUUGCUGCUGUCGUUGUCGGUGUCGGCGCCGGACUCUUUGUCCUCUCGGCCAUUUUCUUCGUUCCCUACGUCUACGCAAAGGUGAUCAACAAGGACCACAGCGUCAAGUGGUGGAUGUUCAUCUACGGCCCUGCUCUCUUCAAGCGCCCCAUUGUUGAGGGCGCCGAGCAGGCCAAGGUUCCCAACUAUGCCGUAGUUCAGGAAGAUGAGGAGCACAGCUCUGCCCACUCUGCCAAGUCCAGUGCCGAAUCGGCCGAGGGAGUCAUGGUCAACGAUGACAACGAGAAGAAGCUUGUCCAGAGCGAGGCGAAGCAGCUCACCUACAAGGAACUGGCUGAGGCUGGCGAGCGCAAGCACAAGGCCAAGCUCCUGAAGAAGCGCGGCCCAAUGGGCUGGGCCAUGCGCACUUUGCGUGACAACCCCAUGGGCCCUGGUGAGAUUUACGAGCUCCAGAACAUCAAGAUCCUCUUGAAGCGUAUCCCUGCCAUGAUCACCUGUGGUGCUCUCUACGGUUUUCAUUACGACAUUCACGCUGCCCAGACAGGUGUUGAGGGAACUCCCGAGGGUGCUCGCAUGCAGAGAGUCUACUCCUACGCCGAGAAGUACCCCAACGAGGUCGAGCACUCCUUCUCGUUCAUCCAGGUCAUCACGGCCUGCACGGCUUCGUUCGCUCACGGCGCCAACGAUAUUGGAAACUCGGUUGGCCCCUGGGCCGUUAUCUACUCUGCCUGGUCCACCGGUAGCGCUGCUGCCUCCAAGGCAUCCGUCCCUGUCUGGCAGCUGGCCGUUCUGGCCAUCAUGAUCUCGUUGGGUUUGAUCACUUACGGCUACAACAUCAUGAAGGUCAUGGGCAACAAGCUCACUUAUCACUCUCCAUCGCGUGGCUCGUCUAUGGAGAUGGGCGCUGCCAUCACAGUCUUGAUCUUUUCUCAGUUCUCGCUCCCAGUGUCGACUUCCAUGUGCAUCACGGGAGCCACCGUCGGCGUCGGCCUGUGCAACGGCACAUUCAAGGCCGUCAACUGGCAGCGUGUCGGUCUCUUGGUCCUGUCCUGGAUCAUGACCAUCCCCAUCGCCGGUACCCUUGGAGGUGUCCUGAUGGGUCUCUUCCUCAACGCUCCUCACUUUUCCUCUUGA